GAGCGGCAGAGAGAAAGACACCAGCAGGAACAGAAAGGGCAGUCCAGGAGGGACGGGCACACAGCGUCCUCUUCCAGGCCCAGCAUGGUGCUUCCCGUGGACGGGCACGUGUAGCGGUCAGGCACAGAUGGCUCAAGACAUGUGGCUCUUCUUCGGGAUCACGGCAUGGCUGAUGGUGUCCCUCUCAGGUCUGCCGUCUCCAGCCCCGUCAGGCCAGCUCAACACCAGCAGUGCGGAGAGCGAGGCUGUGGAGACAGGGGAGCAGCUGGGGGUCCGCCUGGCGAACGGGAGCAGCCGCUGCAGCGGGACGGUGGAGGUCCGACUCGGGGCGUCCUGGCAGCCCGUGUGUGGGACGCUCUGGGGCAGCAGCGCCUCCGAGGCCGUGUGUCGCGCACUGGGCUGCGGCGCGGCAGAGGCAGCUGCCCCAUGGGUCCUGCCGACUCCAGAGCCGUCUCCUGAGCCAGCUGCGGGGAACACCAGCGGGGCCCCCAACGCCACGAGGGCCCUAGCGCCAGCCGUCCAGUGCAGCGGCGCCGAGUGGCCACUCUGCAGGGUGGUGGACCGCGCGUGCAACCGAGAUGGGAGGCCAGCCCAGCUCACCUGUGCAGAGAACCGCGCUUUGCGGUUGGUGGACGGGAGCAGCCCCUGCGCUGGCCGCGUGGAGAUGCUGGAGCGUGGCAAGUGGGGGACCGUGUGCGACGACGCGUGGGACCUGGAGGAUGCCCAAGUGGUGUGCCAGCAACUAAAAUGCGGCUGGGCAGUCCAGGCCCUGCCAGGGUUGCACUUCCCCCCUGGCAAAGGGCCCAUCCACCGCGACCAGGUGAACUGCUCCGGAACUGAGGCCUACCUGUGGGACUGCCCAGGGCUGCCAGGGGACCAGUACUGUGGCCACAAGGAAGACGCCGGGGUGGUGUGCUCAGAGCACCAGUCCUGGCGCCUGACCGGGGGCAUCGACCCCUGUGAAGGGCAGGUGGAGGUGCACUUCCGAGGGGUCUGGAGCACGGUGUGUGACAGCGAGUGGUACCUCUCGGAGGCCGAGGUGCUGUGCCGAGCCCUGGGCUGUGGAACCACGGUGGACCAGCCCAAGGGACUGCCCCAUUCCCUGCCGGGCCGGAUGUUCUACUCAUGUGAAGGAAAGGAAGCCGCCCUGUCCGACUGCUUCUGGAGGUUCAACAACUCCAACCUCUGCAGUCAGUCACUGGCAGCCAGGGUCCUCUGCUCAGGUUCUCGAAGACUGCAGAAUAUCUCUACCCCCGAAGUGCCCGCUAGUGUUCAGCCAGUCACUGUGGGAUCUUCUGUGACAGUGCCGAUGGAGGACCGGGAGUCCCGGGAGCUAAUGCUCCUCAUCCCCUGCGUCAUCCUGGGAGUGCUCCUCCUCGUCUCACUGGUCUGCAUGGCGGGCAUCCUCCUGAGAGUUAAAGGAAAAUACGCCCUCCCCGCGCCAGCGAACCACCAGCUCCUUCCCACCUCCAUCCCAGCGGGGACCAAUAGCUACCAAGCGGUCCCCAUCACCAUCCCCAAAGAAGAAGUUCCCAAGCUGCCCAUCCAAGUCCGGGCCCCACCCCCCGCCGACUCGGACUCCAGCUCGGACUCCGACUACGAGCACUAUGACUUCAGCGCCCAGCCUCCGGUGGCCCUGACCACCUUCUACAAUUCCCAGAGGCACCGGGUCACCGAGGAGGAGGUCCAGCAGAGCAGGUUCCAGAUGCCCGCCUUAGAGGAAGGGGUUGAAGAGCUGCACGUUUCCCACGUCCCAGCCACCAUGCCCGGACACCACGUUGCAGACCGCCCCUCUCUGGGCCCCCAGUUUCACCCAAGGAGCAACAGUGGGUCCAGCACAUCUUCCGGGGAGGACUACUGCAACAGCCCCAGCACCAAGCCACCUCCGUGGAACCCCCAGGUGUUUUCUUCAGAGAGAAGCCCCCUCCAGGAGCAGCCCCCCAACUUGGAGCUUGCUGGGUCCCAGGCAACUUUCACAGCAGGGCCCUCGGCUGAUGACAGCUCCAGCACCUCAUCCGGAGAGUGGUACCAGAACUACCAGCCGCCACCCCAGCUGCCCUCCGUGGAGCAGUUUGAGUGUCCAGGGUCCCACAACCCCCAGCGGGACUCCACCGACCAGGAGGACUACGAUGACAUCGGACAUACUGCCUAGACUGACCUGGCCAGGCUCCAGCGUGGCCCCUCUCUGCCCGCCGGCUCUCCCUGCUCCCUGCCUUCCAUCAGACCCCGGGGAAGUGGAGGGAAAGACCUCGGGAACCCUGCAGUCUCCGUCCACCGAGCAGGCUGCCGGCACAGCCCAAAACGUGGUCCCUGGCGGAGGGCGCGGCGAGGAGGGGGCUCCCUGGGUGAACGAGCAGGGCCCGGCCCACCCUCUGCAGCUGCUGGAGGGUGGUGCUGGAGGAUCCCCAAGCCCUGCCACCCUCGGUGCAUUGAUUUCCCGAUCCCAGGCAGCGCCAGCUCAGAGGUACAAGGGCCCAUCCUGGUGCCACCCAGAGAGGCCCCAGGAGCUGGGCACAGCCACCCUGAGCAGUGGAUGACAGCCACACACACAGGCUGUGCCAGGCCUUCCCUCGCAGUGGCCACUGCACCGCGUGGGGAACAGCCCUCCUGGGCCGGCCAGCUGUCAGCCAGCAGGAUGCCACGCCCCCACCUAGGUCAGCCCUGCCUCUAGGACCUUCUGAGGCCACCACAGACCCAGACUGCUCUGCCGUGCCCGUCCCUGGACUUCUUGUGGCUUACAAAGGAGUUGGGGGCCCAGUCCCCAGGGGGGCAGGAGAACAGAGAUGUCUUCCAGAAGGGGCCCCAGGCUGCACUAAGCCCCAGGUCCCCACCGGGUCUCCUUGGAUCGAUGUGGAGGGACGCUGCCGGGGUGAACCAGUGAAUUUGCAGCGUCCGACUGAGAGCCAUGCCAUGUCCAGGAGAGAGGCUCGGGCCAGGCCUUUGGGGUCCUGUGCUGAAUCCUGAGAUUAAACAGAAAUGCUGAAGGGAACCAGGACCUGGCGUGACGAGUCCUUGUCCUCGGCUGGGCCCAGCUGUGUGCAGCGCGCACGUGUGUGUGCCCGGGGCGUGCGUGGCUUCCCUCUGCAGCGGAGCGCACGAGUGCGCGCCAGCCCUUCAUCCAGAAGUGUCGGGGGACACCAGCUAGCGCGGGAGGAAGAGAGGGAAGGACCGAGACGAGACGCUGCUCAGGAACAGGCUGCUCCUGGCAACGGCCGCGCUGCCCUGCUGGGUACCGGGCCUUUCGACUGUCCCACCGAGGGCAGGGGACCUGGGAUGCUGGUCCUCCCGCCUCUGCUGUCGUUGAGUCAGGGGCAACCAGGCUCCUCGGCCCGCCCCCCUCCCUCCACAGCUGCCACUCGCGGUGCGCUGAGCCUGCUCCAGGGUCCAGAGGCACUGCCGCAGCAGGCACAUCGCAAGGCGUCGACGUCCCCGGGAAUGGCACGCGUGCACGCCGGCUCCACACGGCGCUGGGCGCGGGCCGUGGCAGAGGCCGGGGCGAGCUGGGAACUUCGGUGGCCCAGCACCGUGGACAGUGUUUGGGGCACAGGGACAGACGUGUGGUGCUGUGCUCAAGGAGUUCCCACCUG